CAAAGACAAGAUAGAGCAAAAUUAGUAAUGAAGACUAUAUGACAGAAACAUAAUUGUGAUAAUUUUUUAUACUGAGUAGUUAUAAAUACAAUUUUUGGUGAUUAAUUUGUAACAUAAAAUUGACAUGAAAUCGUUUUGUGAGAGAUGAGUGUCUUCGGGGAUUUUCAACGUGUGUGGGUGCAACGAUUUCCAGAGAGUGCUUUACCAGCCGCUUGGGAGGAAGAUGUCAGGGCCAAUUUGGCUAAACACAAACAGAAAGUGGCUAUACUCAGGGAGGAGUUAGAGAAGGAAGAGUUCUACGUGGAGUAUCUGGAGACCCUGUUGUCUGAUGUGGAGAAACAUAAGACAGCAUCGCUGGGGAAAGGGGUGCCGCCCUCGGGAGCUGACGUGAGCGAGGCUGAUGAUAACGCGGCUGAUAUCAAGCAGGUUUCCAACACAGACUCAUUAUCCAAGAAGAGCAUAACAAGUUUAACAAGUAGUCAAAGUGAUGAGUCUGCCCCUGAGACGGCUGAAGCCGAACCAGUACAGUUGAGGAGUAAGCCAAAUAAGCCCCUGCAUGCAGAGAGGAGCUCCGUCAACCAGUGCAUCAAUGAGCUCUCUUCUAACUUGGUGGCAGAGGCGGCUCGGAGAAGAUGCAACAGUGAAUUAGUACAGCGAACUGAAAAUAAUCAGGAUACAAAUGCUUUAGAAGAAACAAGUCCAAGUCCAGCUAAAAACCGUCCAGCGUCACAAGCGGGUGAUUUUGUAACAGUCAUCGAAGUCAAUGGUCUGAAGGCAGCCGAGAAUGCUUCCAAGAAAGUCCAGGAAUCGCCACCGUCAUCUGAAAGCAGCCCCGUGGACCCCACGGCGGCUGCUAAGAAAAAAGUACCACCCAAACCCCCACCGAAAACGUUUGGCAAACGUGGCGCCUCCCUGCCCGAGUCGGACCUCCCCGGAGACAGCCCACCCUCGUCGCUGGGGCGGAGACUCCGCGGCGCGGAGUCACGGGAGUCCAUCGGCAGCAGAGCAUCCACGCCCUCCAUCAGUGAACGAGUGAAAAGCUACGAAUCCAUAAAUUCCCUAUCAUCCGAGCGCAAGCGCUCCGGCGGGGCGGCGACGCCGCUCUCCAUCGACGAGGAGGCGUCCACGCCCGACACGCCCGGCGACACGGGCGGGGAGCCCGCCUCGCUGGAGAGCAUCCCCGCCGGGCCGGAGGACGAGCCCUACUACGACCAAGUGCCGCAGGACAUUAACGAUGGCGAAUACGUUUAUAUACAAGCAGGCGGUACGGGAUCCAGCGCGGACGACGCAUCAAGCGGCGCAAGCACGCUGGCGCUCGCCACGCCGGCCGCGCCGCAGGCCCCCACCGCGCCCGACUCGCCGCCCGUCGCCACCGCGCCCAACUACGUCAACAUACACUACUUCAUACAACAAGCGGGUGAAGGUGCGGAGGCGAACGAAGCCAACACAGAGCUAGUGGAUUCGAGCGACACACCGCUAUUGUUGAGGACGAUAUCAUCUGACGCAGAAGCGAGCGCCACGCCGCCUGCCUUGAGGAAGCUACAGCACCAGGAAUCAAUCAAUAGCAGUAAUGCGGAAGCCGAGCGCCUCACCAUGCAUCGGUGCAUUGUCACGAGCAUCAUCGAGAGCGAGACCGUCUACGUCGAAUGCCUAUACGUUAUGGAAAAGUACAUGAACGCCAUAAAAGCGACGCUGUCGACGUCCCAGCCUGUGAUAACGGAGGAAGAGUUCAACACGAUAUUUUACAAAAUAUCCGAGCUGCAUAAAUUACACAAGAAUUUCCUCGAGGGACUGAAGACUGCCGUCGCUAGUUGGGAAGAGCCUCUAUCUGUGGGAAGCCACUUUAAAAAAAUGGCGGAGAACAUAAACGUAUACGGCGCAUUCCUGCACAACUAUGGCCGAGCUACGGACGCCGUGCGACGCCGCUGCGCGAGCUCGCAACGCUUCGCUGACCUCACGCGCCAGAUCGCCUGUCGCGGCCAGCCCAUGUCGCUCGACGAUCUGCUGCACAAACCCGUCGCUAGAGUCCAGAAGAACGCUCUCGUCUUGCAUGAUCUCAUAAAAUACACCCCUGCAAGCCAUCCUGACCAUGCGAUGCUCACCGACGCACUCAACAUGACACAACAUUUCCUCGACGAAUUUAAUAUUAUACAAACUAAAUCUAUGUUCCCUAACGCAGACCGCGCCCAAAGAAGACUCGUCAAGAAUUCAUUUAUUGUAGAACUUUCGGAUGGACAUAGAAAAUUGAGGCAUUUAUUCCUUUUCAAUGAUGUCAUAGCUUGUGCCAAAUACAAGGCUUCAGGGCGCGAUAAGUUCACGUUCGAGUUGAAGUGGUUUAUCCAACUACCGGACAUCGUGGUGAUAGAGGAGGAGAUCGGAACGGCGGACGCGCGGGAAACCUCGCCCGCCAACAUCGUGGCCCUCAAGUCGCAGGCGUCCACCGUGCGCGACCAGAUACUGGCCGAAGAACGAGCCGCGCAGGAUGACAAGAAAAUCAGACUAGGCAGUCGCGGCACGGCAGAAAAGCAGCGCAAGAAGCUUGCAGAGCUAGAAGGGCAGCUAGUACUCGCAUCGCCCAACCUGGUGCUGCGAAUAGGAGCGCGCGCACCCGGCGCGUCCGCGCUGCAACGGCACCACAUCUUCUUCUUGAGUUCUGAGUAUGAACGCACGCAGUGGAUCGACUCUAUACAUGCACUACAGGCAUCAUCGGCGCCACCAGGCGGCUCAGCCGCUGUAUCGAUGCUGGAGCUCCAGGCGUGGGUGACGGCGUGCCGCAGCUACCUGCAGACGGACAUGGGCUCGUACCUGCUGCGCAGCGGCCGCGACGACUCGCUGCUGCUGGGCGACCUGCAGCUGCACAUCACCGGCAUGACCGCGCCGCUCGACUCCUCCGCCGACUACUACAUAGUGGUGGAGGUAGAUUCGUACGGGCACUACUUCCGCAAGGCGAAGUCGAAGCUGGUCUGCCGGACGGCGCAGCCGCGGUGGAACGAGACCUUCACGCUGGAGCUGGAGGGCUCGCAGAACCUGCGCCUGCUGCUGUACGAGGACGCGGCGCGGCCCGUGCUGCGCGGGAAGUGCACUGUCAAGCUGUCGCGGUCCUGGGCGGCGGAGGCGGAGGCGGAGGCGGCGCGCACGGUGGCGCUGGGCGGCGGCGCGCUGCCGCUGCGCAUGCGCCUGCCGCCGCCCGAGCCCAACGCGCGCCGGGUGCCCAGCGCCAAGCCCGGCACGCUCUUCGGCGCCAAGAUCACCAGCGUCGCCAAACGUGAGAAGCGCAACAUCCCGUUCAUCAUCAGCGCGUGCGUGCGCGAGGCGGAGCGGCGCGGCCUCCUGGAGGUGGGCGUGUACCGCGUGUCCGGCAGCGCCUCCGACCUUGCGCGCCUGCGCAAGAGCUUCGAGACCAACGCUUACGAGGCAGAACAACUGUUGAAGGAAGUUGACAUCCACUCUGUGACCGGCGUGUUGAAGCUCUACCUACGAGAGCUUCCCGAAGCGCUGUUCACUGAUGCGCUGUACCCAGAUUUUUUGAAAGCUUGGAGCGCAACACAGGGCGUAGGAACUUCAGUUGACUCCGGUCCGGCGCAUACGCGGCGGCAUGCGCUAAUGAAAUGUUUCGCGCAGCUGCCCGACCUCAACAAGAACUGCAUCGAUUUCCUGCUCAAUCAUUUUGUCAAAGUGAACCAGCACGAGGCGGACAACAAGAUGUCGCUGCACAACCUGGCGACGGUGUUCGGGCCGACGCUGCUGCGGCCGGGCGGCUUGGCCGGGAACGCCAAGCUGCGCGCCGACCAGCUGGCGGCCGGCACCGUGGACGCCAUGGCGCAGGCCGGCAUCCUCUACUGCCUGCUGCAGCAGCGCCAGCUCGCCGCGCAGCUCUCCGCGCACACCCACUCCCACUCCCACUCCCACUCCCACCACCGCGCUAACUGACGUUCCCCGCCAUACUGACCUAUCCCUACAGAACCUAGUGAUCCGGACCGCGCUAAGUUUUAAUGCGAAGUGCCCCGUCAAGUGUGGCGCUCCUUUGGAAUAUGUAUGUAUAUUGUUACUGAGUCUGUGCAAAGUUAGCGAGUCCGGAGUCUAUUUAUACUUUUUUGUUAUUGUGGCAUUUUACUCCUUAAGAAAGGUGGCUUUCACACGUUAGGAAAAUGUUCGGUAAUCUAUACUCUACAUUCAUACUUAACCUUUAAAAAUGUAUGUUAGGCCUCAUUUGUACGAGCGCUUUUUCGACGCGCGCUAAUAAGCUUUGAAUGUCACAAAUGGAUACAUGUCUAAUUAUUCACACGAUGGCGGUGGUGCUUUUUAUCAAGCGUUGUUGGAUUUUCGACUUAAGCGUUGGCCGUUAAAUCAAAUUUAGCGUGCGGGCGGAUUCAAGCUCUUUUUUAACGCGCGUUGAAAAAGCGUUCGUGUGUGUGGCUUCUAAGUGGUAAGUGGUUUAUGCAAGGGCCUGACACUCUUUGAUAGAGAAAGAUAGUCUUAUUGCGAUUCCGAUAAGAGGAAAGAGAAAAUAGUGCCAUGCUUUGUCCUUAUCACCGACCGGGUUUUUGUUCAUGGUCGGGUUAUGGCAGCAUAGGUAGGAGGCUAUGGCGAAAUAGUCGAAAUACCGAAAUUUAUAAGAGUGAAAGAGAAAAAGGAUUAUGCUGCCAUACACCUGUCAAUACAUGAAUAUGUCUUUCUCUUACCCCUGGUCUUGGUUUCAUGUCUAUAAAUACUAUACUAUGUCUAUGGGUUUAUGGGUUGUUGAUGCUUUUGGGUUUUUUUAUCCUCGGAUGUUUUCUAGUUUCAAAGUCUUGAGAAAUGACAGGGUGGCGCUCGAUUUCUAUGCGUAGUAUUUGUAUUGUUAAUGCGUUAUAGUUGGUUAAAUUAUUGACAGUGACCCCAAAAAUGACGGUAUUAUACCACUAUCGCGUACAAAUAAAGCUUGACCUUGCGCGAUUAAAAUGUUAAAUACACUUAUAUCGAUAAUCGGUACAAGAAUUAUGUGCUUUCGUUUCAAGUCAAACUUCUUUUUGCUUGUAAUGCAAUAAAAAUAAAACAUCCUUAAUAUAAUAAAAAAUUGACUCGUGUAUGUCGUAUUUAAAAGUCAAUUGAAAAAAUAGCUUUUACAAACAUUUAUUAGUAUCUUUUGCACAACAGUGUUUAAUUUAAUUCGCAUACCUACAUCUAACAUUGUAUAAGGUAAGGUGGGGUAAGGUAAGACAAGACUAUCACCGGGAUAAGACUAUCACUUGUAUGGAAUUAUCAUUGUAAAACUAUUUUGCCUUACAACUUAAAAAAACAUAUGUCACACCUGAACGAAGAUAUUAGAGUUAAAUUUGGACCAUAGUUGGGAGCUUUCGGACUAUAGUUGGGAGGUUUUAUGGCACUGUUAGUCUUGCCCCGAGCAAUAUAAACUAUGUUAGUCUUACCCACCUUACCUUACAUACUUCUUUUUAUAACUAACUUUGGCGUUUUGAUGUGUGCGUGAGGGAAACGACUUCUGAAAUGAACCUAGAUAUAAGUUCCACGUCCUUCCGCGCGAACGCUUGUCCUUUAUUAAAAUAUUUCCUGUUAACGAAUAGGCGUUAAGUUAGAUAGUCAACUCGAAUGAGCCAAAACAUACACAAACGACGGUUACAAUCAUAAAGACAUAUAUUGCCUUAGCGUUCGUGCAAAUUAGGGGUAAGUGUAAACGUAAGAUUUUUUCUAAUGAAAUUUUUUCAGAGUAUUCUGUUUUUGGUCACAAAAUGGUGGCCCAACAAAGUAUUGUAGCAUAUUGUAUUGGAGCCACCGGCUUCCGCUCACACAAGUUUUCUCUUUUUAAUAACUAUUGUUUAAGUGGACAUAGGUAGAUUUAUAUAAGGAAGGGUUGGAUUGGAUGAUUGUUACAAAUCUGUGUUAGUCAUUCAGCGGGCUCACCGCACAAAUGUGUGCUAUUCUUGAAACUAAGUUACGUUUUGUACUUAGAACAGGACAUACUAGAAUGAGACAGUAUUUUGAUAAUUCAUUUGUCUAUUAUAAGUUAUUUAUUUUGUUUACAUUUGGACUAAAACAGAUACCGGCCAAAAAAUCGCCAAGUUUAUACAAGUUAGCCUGUAAUUAUGACCAGCAGACAAAAGUAAAAUAAUAACAAUUACAUUACAAUUCGUGAACGACCUUUAGGCUCUCAUAUAUACUUAAUUUAAAUACACUGCCAGAUUUAAGUGCAAUUACAGUUUAUAAAUAAGAAUCCAUUAUUGGAAUAAAGUGGAAUUAUUGGAAUUUCUAACCAGUAUUUGUAAUUAAUAUAUUCAAAAACAGAUCAUGUAAGUAAGGGUGGUAUUACACGUGGCCAAUUUCUUUGUUCAAUGUGUAUUUUGUCUCACGUUUUGCUUAAUGAGAGAGUGAGACGCAAUGACAUUGGACAAAAAUAUUGGACAGAUGGAAUAGCACCCUAACAAGUGUUAUGCGACAUUCCAUGAAAUACAACAGACUGAGUGUAGAACUAUUACACAUUGACAGAAAAUUUAGCUUAUUAACAAUUUUGAACUUUAAAUACUGGGUCGAAAAGAAAUUUAAGAUUCAGUGAGUAUUAGGAAGUGGGACCCAAUUAAUAAUAAUGAUUGUAAUAAUUGAUUAGCAUAUAAAUUGGAGCAGACUGAUAUGAAUAAAUUGUUUACUUUUUUUCAACCUUCGACAAAACACCUUUGAUCAAAGUAAGUUUUAGUUUUGUAUGAGUGCAGCACAAGCAGGAGCUUUGUGAAAGACUAAAUUAUUUUAAAGUGAUUUAUUAUUUAAUUAUGGAUGGAUCUGUCUGGGGUUAAUAGUGCAGAAGACGAAUGAUUAUUAUUAUUACAAUAUAGGGGACGAUGUUUCGGUUGUCACGUAGCAUUGUAAUGCUAGUCGUCUUUAUGAAAUAUGUUCAAUUAUUGUAUUGUUGUCAGUACGGGGUUGCGGCUGCGGGCGGCUGCCUCGCUGCAGCAGCGCAACGCACUUGCACUAGGUGAGGUUCGCUCGCUAGCUUACACUUAAUAUUAGGUGUUUAUUUCACAAGUAGACUAGUAUGUACUUAAAAGUAAAUAUUAUUACCAAAAAUUUAUAAAAGCUUAGAGGGAGGUUAUAUCAAAUUUAAAUUUCUGUUAUAUUUUUGUUUAAUCCCAUUGACAUUUAUGAUUUAUGUUGAUAUAAUUAAUAUAUUAGUAAUUUAAGUGACCAAACUGUACCUUUUUUCUUUUUACAAUCUUUAUUUUCUUCACCAAAGACAAUAUAACUUGGGUUUCUGCCAUGAUUUCGUAUUAAGGAAUAUUUAAUAGAAUUCCAUCAAAUUUUGCCAAAGUUUGCCAAUUAAUACAUCAGCAAUCUUGUUGAAAGACAUUUUCUGCUUGGUUGAAUGCUUAAAAGUAUUGAUAUAUGUAAUCUAAUGUUGUUUAAACAUCUGUAUUAACAUUGCAAUUCCUUAGAAUUGAUAGUUGAACUUUUACCUUCCACUGAACUAUGCUUUGAGGAGGUCUUUGUGGAAGUUUUCUCAGUUACAUUUGGCACAGCAAUAUUUUGACACUGUUUGAAAUUACUAUUAGUCAUCAUAUAAGCAUUUAGAAGGUAAUUCUUUGUCAGACUGAGGGCAGUAAGUUCACAAGCUUACUGCUGCCAAAUGAAUUUUACUAACCAGUCUUGUACACAGUUGUAUUAUGAAUGUUACCUUGUAGUCUGCUAUUAUUAUUUCAAUAUAAGAUUCUCUAUUUAAUAAGUUGUGCUAGUAAUAAUCCUGCUGUAUUAUAGGUAUUUACACAACCAGGUUUACUCCCACACUGUUUUGAAUUUUUGUAUAUAUGACACUGAAAUGUAGUAAUGUAACAUUUGCAAUAAAAUGUAUUUUUAUUACCACCUUUAAA